AUGUUUUAUGAGUGUAGCGUUUCACUGCAUGUAUUUGAAGGCGUAUGUGAUUGCGACGCUGAAUUUUAUUGGAAUGAUGACCGAUGUUCAUUGCAACGCAUAGUAGAUCAGCCGUGUGUCACGUCAGUGAUGUGUGCUUCCAAUAUGACAUGCUUAAAUCAUCGAUGCUACUGUAAUUUAUCCACGUCUUAUAUUAAUCCAACCACAAAUGCGUGUUUAUUUCGUAAAGGAUUUCGUCAGCUGUGUAAGGCCCAUAAUGAAUGUGUAACAACAUUGAGCUGUGUCCGUCUCAAUGAUAAAGAUCCAGGCUCUGCUUAUUUUACCGAUGGCAUGCCAGUACAUCUAAAUUUUCCAGGUUUAUCUUACUCCUAUUGUCUAGCUGUUCGAUUGUACCCACUGUCGCCAGAUGUAACAGCUAAAAUAAUCGCACCAUUGUCGUGCGACAGUACAUCAACAUAUAUAGAUCAAAAAGGUUAUGGUAAUUUUCAUAAACAUUUGACACGACGUGGUGCUAAAGAAUAUGAACAAAACUUGAAAAGUACUGCAAAUAGUCAAUCCGAAUUGGAGAGUGACACUGAUAGUCAAUAUAUGAAGUAUAAACAGGAAGAAAUAAACGAAGCUAUAACCACGAAUCUGAUUAUCAAAUGUAAUUUACCAGCAGCUAUAGUAGAACAUCAAGGUUUUCGAAACUUUAUGAGUUUACUAGCACCAAAAUGGAAGCCAACAUCAGCGAGAAAUAUCAAACAAAAAAUGAUACCAGCUUUGUUGUUGACCGUACAAAAGUGUAUCAGUGAAAUGUUAAAAGAAGUAAAAUACUUUACAGUGGAUGUCUGGAUUGAUGUGGACAAUCAACGUGGACGAGCGUUUAUGGGCAUAACGGGUCAUUAUAUAGACAGUGUUUAUAAACCUCAGGCUUUAUUACUUGAUAUUGUUCGACUGCAAGGGUCACACUCAGCUGAACAUAUUCGAAAUACGACGAAGCAAAUACUGGAUCGCCUUAGUAUCAAUCACAAAGUUUAUAAAAUCAUUACUGAUAAUGGUUCAUCAAUGAUUAAAGCAUAUAAAUUUGGUCUAUCUGUGAACGAUCAGGAUUUCGAAGAUGAGGAAGCGAACGAUGAAGGCUCAAUGGAUGUUGAUGAGCAGAAAUCAAUAAUCUCAUGGAAAUUAAUUGAUUGGCAUGAUAGAGAAGAGGAUGGUGUGGAUUACGAAAAAGGGAAACGAUUAUCAUGCUCUGCACAUAUCUUACAGUUAACUAUACGAGACGGAUUGAGAAACGUACCCCACAUAUCAAAGACAUUGGCGAAAUGCAAAGUGUUGACUCGAAAGUCACAUAAAUCUAGAAAACUUAAAGAAAUGCUGGAAGAGGAAAAUAAUAUGCACCAAGUAACACUAUACGUCAUUUUUAUCAUAAUGACACAUGUUGCAUGCAAAAUCAACAUUCAACAACGACCAAAUAUCAUUAUGGUAUUAGCUGAUGAUUUGGGUUAUUGUGAAGUGGAACCUUAUCCUUGUUUAGUGCCAGAAGGACACAAUCAGCCUCCCAUUUCAACACCGAACUUGGUCAGAUUUGCCGAAGAAGGUUUGAAAUUCACUAACAGCUACGCGGGUGCUCCGGUAUGUGCUCCAUCGAGAUGUACUUUAAUGACUGGAAAACAUUCUGGACAUGCAACAGUGAGAGGCAAUAAAGGUUUCGAUGGUGGUGAUUGGCCAUUGAAACCGAGUGAUAUAACUCCUGCCGAUGUUCUAAAAUCUGUAGGGUAUUAUACAGCCAUUAUUGGAAAAUGGGGUUUAGGCAAUCUUGGCACAACCGGUUGGGUGAGAAAGCAUGGUUUCGAUUAUUUUUACGGUAUAAGUGAUCAGGCACAAGCUCAUGAUUAUUAUCCGAAUUAUGUAAUGGAGAAUGAAAAUCAAAUACCGUUACCGUUAAAUCAAGAUGCUUCACGAAUAAAAUGCAUGAGCCAACCAUCAACAUGCAAUUACAGUCACGAUUUAUUCACUAAUAAAGCAUUUGAACUAAUUGAAAGUCGAGCAAAAAAUCAUCCAGAGCAGCCAUUUUUCUUAUAUUUAGCUUGGACAUUGCCUCAUGCCGGUGGAUGGAGAGGAGUCGUCGAAGAUGGCGAACCUGUGCCGAGUGAUGGACAGUUCAGCGAUACCAUCUGGCCGGAUGUUGAACAAGAUCAUGCAGCCAUGAUCAGUUCCUAUUUAGACAGAGAUUUUGGACGAUUAAUGGCAUUACUGCUUGAACUAGAAAUUGAUCACAACACAUUGGUAUGGUUUGCGUCAGAUAAUGGCGCUCAUAACGAAGGUGGUCACUCGUAUACAUUUUUUAAUAGUUCAGGACCACUCAGAGGUUACAAACGAUCGUUGUAUGAGGGAGGAAUUCGUACACCUCAAAUCAUUCGAUGGCCAAAUAUGAUUAGUCCGAACACGCAAACAAAUUUCACUACAACAUUCGCCGAUUUUCUUCUUACUGUAGCUGAAUUAGGGGGUGUACAAUUCUUACCGAGUGAUAUUGAUGGUAUUUCAAUUGUUCCAACGUUAUUAAACAACAGCUUUGCUCAGCAUGAACACAAUUAUAUUUACUUUGAAUUUUGUAAUAAUAGUGAAUGGGGCAACGCUGUUCGAUAUAAACAAUGGAAAAUAGUUCGUUUUGAUGUAGAUGACCCUUAUCAGUUGUUUGAUUUAGACAAUGACAUUGGCGAAAAAUAUGAUUUAUCUCUACAGUAUCCACAACUUGUUAACGAACUCGUCAUAUUUGCAGCAGAAGCUCAUACAAAUUCCAUACCAUUUCCAAUUCAAAAUUGUGCAGAUAGUAGUUUACAUUAA